CCCCUCGGGAUUCAGGAGAAGCGACGGCAUCUAUCUUGGCUUUAAAGAUGUCGGUAUAAAGUACACCGCUGGGGGACACAGGAAAUAGUGCGAGAGACAAGGUGAGGAGAGGGAGGCAGACAACUCCAGUGAUGACCAGUGAAGGAGGAGGAGAAGAAAGGCAGGAACAUCUGCACAGCUUCAAUUUGGAUUCGUCGCUGAAGCAGCUGGAACGUUUAACCCAGCAAGAGCAAGUAGAGAAGGAAGCAAAAGACUCACGAGAUGUCGGAAUCAGAACCACCCUGUUCGGAAGAAAAGUGCGAUGACUGCAUCGACAUGCUAUGUAUUGUGAUUAUGGUUCCAGUUUUUAUUAUUUCCAUACCUUUUGUGACAUGUUAUCUUGUUUGCACAUUGUUGUUGAAGCUGAAGGAAUGGACGCACGACCUGAAAAUGAUUGACGUGAUUUUUAUCCCAAAAGGAGAGAAGAAUAACAACGACACAAAGUUGGAGAACGACAAAGAAUGCUGCCCUAAAAAUGACAGUGAGGAAAAUGACAACCAGACCAAGGAGGAGACGAAGGUAGACCUGGAGACAAGAGAGAGCAGGAGCGACGCUGUAGUGCUGCAAGUAGAGCCACAGAGUAACGGGCCAGAAUGUAGAGACGCUGCUGUGGAGCUGGAUACGGAGAAACUGAAUGUCAUAAAGAUUCCACAGUCACUGCUGAAGGGGAUACAGGAGCCUCCUCCUCUGCGCUGCAAAAUGCCUUGUGUUUGUGGUGGGCACUUGUCUACCUUUUAUGUGGUAGCAAUAGAGCAAGAUUCGCCUCUGCUGCCUAGCGAUGCUCAGAUGUCCGACGCAGAACACGUUAAGUGUCUGCUGGCUCAUGGAAAAACAAUGUACGUAACAGAUAAAAGCUUAGCCAAAAACUUCUUUAAAACUUCUGAAAACUUCUAGAAACUCCUUAUAAAAGGUGCGUCAACUUUUGAAUAACUUUAGCUUUGUGCUCGUUGUUGUUGUUCCAUUUACCUUUGCCUUAUAAGAUGAAUUUUUUACGCUCUGUUUACUUAUUUUAACUGAUAUUGAGUUCAAUAUAUCCAUUGAUUUUUUUAAAAUGUAUUCUUUAUACUAAUACUCUAUUGUUUUUGCUUUUUGUUUUGAAUUUGCAACAUCUUUGCGACUUGUGAUGUUUUUGCUUUUGUGAGCUAUCCUUUGGCACACUGCUAAUAAUGUUUCUAUUUAAGUAGCACUGCAUUAAAGAGAUUUUUAAAAAAA